GCGGGACCCCUCACAAACCUGUUGCGCAAAGAUCAGCCGUUGAUGUGGACACUGAAGUGCGAUCAAGCGUUUUCCAAACUCAAGGUCACUCUCAUUUCGGCUCCGGUCCUUAUAAGACCGGAUCCCGAAAAGCCUUUUGUUCUCAUCACUGACUGGCGGCCAGAAGCAAUUUCAACGAUCCUUGCCCAAGUGGGACCAAGCGGAUUUGAGAGUGUGGUGGAGUAUGCAUCCAAAUCGUUGCCUGCAUGCAAGCGCAACUACGCCGCUCCAACUGGAGCUCCAACUGGAGAAUGCUACGCAGCUCUCAGGGGAAUCAGUCACUUUCGCGCUUACUUGUACGGGGGAAAGUUCACCCUGGUAACUGAUCAUGAGCCCCUGUUGGCUCUGAAGAAAUCGAAGGAUUACUCGGGCAUGAUCGGGCGAUGGGCAACGGUGUUGCAGAGCAUGGACUUUGACAUUCGUCCUCAAAAGCACGAGAGACACGGGAAUGCAGACGGACUGACACGACUGCACCGGCCUGAGAAAGUUUCGAAGAAUGAGGAGGUGAUUCCGUGGAACGAACCCGAACAGGAGAUUGAACCUCGGUACGGCCAGGUGGAGAUCUUGUCGAAGCAUUCAGCUCCGCACGUUCUCGAGCGGUCAUUGGAUCCGUACCUCCAGUGGACUGCGUGCUUGGAGGAGCCCAGGGACCAAGAUACGCUGCCAUCGCGGCAGGGGUAUUUGAAGCCGUACGAUAUCAUCCCUCAUGCCUUUUAUCCGAGGGUGGAAGAAGUAGUGAUCGACGACGACGAAGAAGAAGACGAAAACGAGGAAACAUCGGAGGAGGGAAGCUAUAACGAAUAUAGCGAGGGCGAGCUGAGUGAAGAAGAAGAGGAGGAAGAAGAAAUUGGAUCCGAGUGGGAAGCCUUGCCGGAAGAAGCGGCGCGUACAGGAACGGAGGCGGAAGAUCCGGAAGCAGCGCGAAAGCGCGAAGAAAUCGCCACCGGGAAGCGCCAGUUGGAGUUCGCCAGCGGAGCCAUCCUGCGCAUCGAUAACGAUCCGAUCAGAGAUCCGGAGCCGCCAAAGCCCGAAGAUGGCGACCCUGCAGCCGCCACCUCAAGUACCAUGUGACGGAGACGGAGCCGAUCCCCCGCCUCCUCCAGCCCCACCCGUGCCCCAGUUCGUCCACGU